GCAGAGAUCAUGGCGUCAUGACGUCUUCACGAGAGUUUUGUUAUCCAGCACCGAAGUAUUCAGAAAUGUGUUAGCCGGUGGGCCCUUACAGCGAGAAAUCUUCCGAUCGUAUGAUAUUGUCCACGGUUUUCAUUCGAAGUAUUAGGUGUCUCGACUCUGCCCAUCAGAAUGAGUGAUCCGGCUGUGAAGAGGGUGGUGAGCACUAUCAUUCGCUCUCCAGAGGACAAACGGGAGUAUCGAGGACUUGAGUUUACAAAUGGCCUGAAAGCCAUUCUGAUCAGUGACCCCACCACUGACAAAUCAUCAGCUGCACUUGAUGUCCACAUAGGUUCUUUGUCUGAUCCUGAAAACAUUUCAGGGCUAGCACACUUCUGUGAGCACAUGCUGUUUCUUGGUACAGAAAAGUACCCCAAAGAGAAUGAGUACAGCCAGUUUUUGAGUGAGCACGCCGGCAGCUCCAACGCCUUCACCAGCGGAGAACACACCAAUUACUACUUUGAUGUAUCCCACGAGCAUCUGCAAGGGGCAUUGGACAGGUUUGCCCAGUUCUUCCUCUGUCCUCUCUUUGACGAGAGUUGUAAAGACAGAGAGGUGAACGCAGUGGACUCUGAACAUGAGAAGAACCUCAUGAAUGACGCUUGGAGGCUAUUUCAGCUGGAGAAAGCCACUGGGAACCCCAAACACCCCUUUAGCAAGUUUGGAACUGGCAAUAAGUUAACCCUUGAGACAAGGCCAUCUCAACAGGGCAUAGACAUCCGUGAGGAGCUGCUCAAGUUUCAUUCCACCUACUACUCAUCCAACCUGAUGGUACUGUGUGUGCUGGGCAGAGAGACGUUGGAUGAAUUGGCAUCUAUGGUGGUGAAGCUUUUUGGAGAGGUGGAGAACAAGAACGUUCCUCUUCCAGAAUUUCCUACAAAUCCUUUCCAAGAGGAACAUCUAAGGCAAUUUUACAAAGUCGUUCCCAUCAAGGACAUUAGAAACCUGUAUGUGACCUUCCCCAUCCCAGACCUGCAGAAGUACUACAAGUCAAACCCGGGUCAUUAUUUGGGCCAUUUGAUUGGACAUGAAGGUCCAGGGAGUCUUUUGUCUGAGCUCAAGGCUAAAGGAUGGGUGAACACACUCGUCGGAGGCCAGAAAGAAGGAGCCAGAGGAUUUAUGUUCUUCAUUAUUAAUGUGGACUUGACGGAAGAGGGACUCUUGCAUGUCGAGGAUAUCAUCUUCCACAUGUUCCAGUACAUUCAAAAGCUGCGGACUGAGGGGCCUCAGGAGUGGGUCUUUCAGGAGUGCAAAGAUUUGAACACAGUGGCUUUUAGAUUUAAAGAUAAGGAACGUCCACGUGGAUACACGUCUAAAGUGGCUGGACUACUGCAUUAUUAUCCACUGGAGGAGGUGCUAGCUGCUGAAUACUUGCUGGAAGAAUUUAGACCAGACCUCAUAGAGAUGGUACUUGAUAAACUGAGACCAGAAAAUUUCAGGGUUGCUGUUGUCUCCAAAUCAUUUGAAGGACAAACGGACAGGACUGAAGAGUGGUAUGGCACACAUUACAAGCAGGAAGCCAUUUCUGAUGAGGUCAUUAAGAAAUGGCAAAAUGCUAACCUCAAUGGAAAAUUCAAGCUACCAAUGAAGAAUGAAUUCAUCCCGACCAACUUUGAAAUAUACCCUCUAGAGAAGGAUUCCCCUUCUGCCCCCACUUUAAUCAAGGACACAGCAAUGAGUAAAGUUUGGUUCAAACAGGAUGACAAGUUUUUCCUGCCAAAGGCUUGUUUAAAUUUUGAGUUCUUCAGUCGCUACCUAUACGCAGACCCCCUGCACUGCAACAUGACUUACCUGUUUCUCAAGUUGUUGAAGGAUGAUUUGAGAGAGUAUACAUAUGCAGCCCGCCUGGCAGGGUUGAUCUAUGACAUAACGUUUGGAAUGAAUGCCCUCAUUCUGUCAGUGAAGGGUUAUAAUGACAAGCAACACAGCCUACUGAAGAAGAUCAUUGAAAAGAUGGCCACAUUUCAGAUUGACGAGAAACGCUUUGAUAUCAUUAAAGAAGCGUAUAUGAGGUCUCUGAAUAACUUCCGUGCUGAGCAGCCCCACCAGCAUGCCAUGUAUUACCUCCGGCUGCUCAUGACAGAGGUAGCCUGGACCAAAGACGAACUCCGAGAUUGUUUAGAUGAUGUCACAUUGCCUCGUCUCAAGGCGUUCAUACCGCAGCUGCUGUCACGGUUACACAUUGAAGCGUUGCUGCAUGGCAACAUCACCAAACAGUCCGCUCUGGGCAUGAUACAGAUGUUGGAGGAUAAACUCAUUGAACAUGCUCACACUAAGCCCCUCCUACCAAGUCAGCUAAUUCGCUACAGGGAAGUCCAGGUUCCUGACGGUGGCUGGUAUGUUUACCAGCAGAAGAACGAGGUUCAUAAUAACUGUGGAAUUGAGAUUUACUACCAGACGGAUAUGCAGAAUACUCAUGAGAACAUGCUGCUGGAGCUCUUCUGUCAAAUCAUCUCUGAGCCCUGCUUCAACACGCUACGCACCAAAGAACAGCUGGGUUACAUAGUGUUCAGUGGUCCCCGCAGGGCCAAUGGCGUCCAGGGUCUGCGUUUCAUCAUCCAGUCUGAGAAGGCACCGCACUACCUGGAGUCUCGUGUGGAGGCCUUUCUCAAGACCAUGGAGAAGAGUGUGGAGGAGAUGGGAGAGGAAGCAUUUCAGAAACACAUUCAGGCACUGGCCAUCCGCCGACUGGAUAAACCUAAGAAACUGGCAGCUGAGUGUGCCAAGUACUGGGGAGAGAUCAUCUCUCAGCAGUACAACUUUGACAGGGAUAAUGUUGAAGUGGCUUACCUGAAGACACUAACGAAGGAGAACAUUAUGCAGUUUUACAGGGACCUGUUGGCCAUUAACGCUCCAAGAAGACACAAGGUGUCAGUGCAUUUGCUGUCCAGAGAGAUGGACUCCUGUCCUCUGGUGGGAGAGUUUCCUGCACAGAAUGAUGUCAAUCUGCCUCCUGCUCCCUCACUUCCUCAGCCGGUGUUGGUGGAGAAUAUGACUAAUUUCAAAAGGAGUUUGCCGCUGUUCCCUCUAACCAAACCUCACAUCAACUUCAUGGCUGCCAAACUGUGACCAGCAUCAUGAGGUUACCAGAGACACCCGAAUCUGGAGCCAGUAACACCGUUAUCUGUGUGUGAGUGUUUUGAGUGUUUAUAUGCAGGCUGGCCCAUAAUAGUGCCGCUUGCAACAUUUUAUUUGUGCUCUUUGUCAGACAUGUAGAGGUCACACAGUCACCUGAUUUCUCAUAGAUACAAUUCGUUGUGAAGACCGUCUUAGUGGAGGGGAAAAAUCAUGUUGCUUCUGUCAGGAAAUCAUUUUCCUGUAUAAUAUAGGACAUACUCACUGGCGACGAAGACACUUAUACGUUGUGAUUCUUCAGUUCCUAAUGGGUAUAAUAUUUCGUUUAAAAAUGCUGUUUAUUUACUGCUGCUCAGCUAAACCAUCACAAGCUGGUGCAACAUAUCAAGCGAUUCUGGCCUUAAAUGAUUUUAAUCAGUGAUCAGGUUUUCUGGCACCUUUUAUGAAAAAGAAAGGUUUAAUUUAAACGAAUUGCUUUUGAAGAGUUGUUUUAGGCUGUUGUUUUCAUUGCAUGUUGACAGAGUUUUAUCUUAAAGAUUGUGUUGUAAUUCAUCUGCGCAAGGUGGUUACGACUUGAUUUGGUUUUUAUUUUAUUUGUGGUUGAAGGAAUAUCAUAAUAAACCAUUUCAUUUUCUUUAUAAUUUUCAUUUGUUUAUUGUUAAAGAUUUUUUGUCCUUUUUAGCUUCCAAAAUCUCUCAAACUGUUUUAUUAUUUUUAUUACCUAAACUCAAUUUCAUUGAAGUAAUAUAUAUGUCUCUUAAUUGUUUCGCCUCAUUUAUUAAACACAAAUUUGUGUAAAUCGUUCGUAAAACUCUUCUUGCGUUAUUUGUUGCGGGAACAGUGGUUUUACGAAUGUUUUACGUAAAUUGAUAAUUUAAUGCGGCAGACAAUUUUAUGCACGAGAACAAUUGAGGUAAAUUGCUGCGUUGAAUGUAGCGAUGGUUUUAGGAAAUUACUUAAUUGAACGCGGCAAUUUACGCAAGAGUCGUUUUCCGAACAUUUUAGGUAACUGUUGCGUUGAAUGUCACUGUUUACGUAAGAAUUGUUUUACACACAUGAUGCUACUGUUGCAUGAGCCCAACAUCUUUUUUGAGAUAUUUAGUAUGUGCUAAUUUCAAUUUAAUGAUGUUCUCGUCAAACUAGGGAACAUUUACACUUUCAGGAAGUUGUAAAGAGAAAUUUCCUUUUGAGUCAGGUUAAGUUUAAGUCUAUAGUCCAUGUCAGUCUCGGGGCUCCACACUGCUGUUUGAAAUCCUUUAAAUAGGUUUUUUUGUUUAUUACAGAUGUCUCGACUUGUGAUUAUGCACUCCUCACAAGCAAUAAUAUGACUUACAGGACCUUUGACUAGUGUCUCAAACUCUACUGGACGUUUUUCUGGAGAUGGUUUAAGCGAAGUCUUAAAAAGAACCAGAUUAAACCAGUACUAAGAUAUUUCUGUUCCCAGAAAACCCUCCUGUAAAGUUUCUGCUCUCGCUAAAGGCAAUAACAUACCUGGUCUAAAGAAUGAACAUCAUGAUGGUGUGUAGAUGCUUAGUCUCUGCGGGUCUCUCAAUCCAUUCUUAUCGUCAUCUCUCAGGUGUCCGUUAGCCUCGUCUAGCCAAACCUUCACCAACUCAUGUGUUUCUACUGCAAAGAUAAAUUUAUUCUUGACUUACUCAGGCAUAUCAACUAUAAUGCUGCAUUUUUUAGAGAGAAACGUAAUGACCCUGCCAGGCAGAACGGUGUACAGACAUCAGUAUUUUAAAUAUGUUUGGUUCUACCACUGAGAUUUACUCAGGCAUCUCAUUGCAUUCUUUGUGUGUGUUGUUUUUUACCCAAAAAUGAAAUUGUCAUGUACUUUAAUGCAGAAUGCCCUGUAUGGGGACACCAAAAAUGAUAAAGUACCAUAAUAGUAAUCCAUAUGACUCCGCUUUGUGUUAGUCUUAAUUUGUUUCCUGAAAAUCUGUGCUGUAGCUUUUAAAUCUUAUUUGCGCCAUUUGAAAUAUGGCACGUCAAAAUGUAUUGCACGCGAUAGUCUUUCUUUUCUCUCAUCAUUGACGUAAAACCUUGUGCAAUGCAUAUUGACGUUCCAAUGUUUUAAUUGGAACGUGAACCAGAUUUGAGCUCUUGUGGAAGCAACAUUUUUCAGCUUGACUGCCCGUGGUCACUAUAUGCUUUCAUAGAAUGGAAAAGAGCCACUUGUAUAUUCUGCUUAACAUAAUUUUUGUGUUCUGCGGAAGAAAACUCAUUUGGGUUUGGAACGACAUGAGAUUAAGCGAUUCUUUUUUUUUAUUGUGGUUUGAACUAUUCAAAACCCAAAGAUAAUUUGUAGAGCAUUCAUGCACCCUAAAUCCUUUUUAUCUGUUCUAGAAUCUGCUCAGUUAGGUCAGUGACUCUGAAACAUGCUUAUGGCUUCUCACCAGCUCUUGUGGCCCAAUGUCACUUGUUGCUUGCUCAUAUAAUGUGGUGAACAUUAGGUUGAAAAAUAGUGUAAAGAAAUCUAGAGGACCAGGAUUUUGGAUUCCAAACUUUAAACUUUAUGAGACACAAAUGAGUGUGUACAUACCAAGCUGCGGUCAUUGUGUAGAAACAACUUAAGUUGAAAACUCUCAUGCUGACUGUACUGCAUUUGGUUUAUUAGGUGGUUUUGAAGUGCAACAGGAACCUUGGGAAUGGAAAAUUGCACAGAUGUUGUGUGUGUAUCUGUGGGGGAGUUUUCUGUGUUUUAUUAUAA